CCAUUGGUCAAACUUUAUUCCCUCCUAGGAGCACAACCCGUUAACAAUAAGAAAUAUUCCGCGCUCCAACUUUCCCCUCCGAUUCGUUGAGCUCGCACCGAAACAAAGCAAUUUGGAAGCUGCUGAGCUGUGUGAUACUGUACCCACGGAGGCGUAGCGAUGGAACGAUCGGAGGCAGAGGUGGAGGUGGCGGCCGACGGGGGCUACACACCUCACGCGGCGCUGUCCACGGCUCAGUCGGCGAGGGCAUCGAUCUGGGAGUCGGUGCGCGCGUGCGGGGUUUUGGGGAAGGAGGUGGACAAGGUCGAGCUGCGGAGACAGGUCGUCAUGCCGCUGUACGCGCGACGGGCGGUUGCGGCGGCCGUGGCGGCCAAGGACGAGGCCGCCGGCGUGGCUGCCGCGGCGGCGGCAAAGGGCGAUGAGGUUGAGGGGGACGGACAGGGGGAGGAAGUGGCGGUGGUGACGCCGAUGGUGGUGUUCGUGAACUCGAAUAGUGGCGGGAGGCACGGGCCCGAGCUCAAGGUGCGGCUGCACGAGCUCAUCAGCAAGGAGCAGGUCUUCGAUCUAUCUAUUGUGAAGCCUUCUGAUUUUGUUCACUAUGGUUUGAGUUGUUUGGAGAGGUUGGCUGACCAAGGUGAUAAUUGUGCAAAGGACAUCCGUGGAAAAUUGAGGAUUGUGGUUGCUGGUGGUGAUGGCACUGUUGGCUGGGUACUUGGAUGUCUGCAAGAUCUUUAUAGGUUGAAAAGGGAACCAGUUCCUCCCACAGGAAUCAUCCCGCUUGGUACAGGAAACGACCUUGCUAGAUCAUUUGGGUGGGGUGGCUCUUUCCCCUUUGGCUGGCGUUCUGCUGUGAAAAGAUAUCUCAGCAAGGCAGGGACUGCUCCCAUCGUCCACCUUGACAGCUGGCAGGCUGUGAUUACAAUGCCCGUAGGAGAAAUAGAAGAAUUGCCGCAUGCACUUAAGCAAGUUGAACCCACAGAUCGGCUAGAGUUCAGCAAGGAGAAUGGCAGUGACUUACCUGAAGAAGCUUCUUGCUAUAAAGGCACAUUCUACAACUACCUUAGCAUCGGGAUGGAUGCUCAAGUUUUAUAUGGCUUUCACCAUCUACGAGAUGAAAAGCCAUAUCUUGCUCAAGGACCAGUUGCAAAUAAGUUGAUUUAUGCUGGAUAUGGCUGCACACAGGGAUGGCUCUGUACACCUUGUACAGCAAGUCCUCAGCUAAGGGGACUUAAAAACAUUUUGCGGCUUUACAUUCAAAGGGUCAAUUGUUCUGAAUGGGAGCAAAUUCAAAUGCCUUCAAGUGUUAGGUCCCUAGUGGUCUUAAAUUUGUACAACUACUGCAGUGGAAGGCAUCCAUGGGGUAAUCUUAAACCGGAUUAUCUCGAAAAGAGAGGUUUUGUUGAAGCCCAUUCAGAUGAUGGAUUGAUUGAAAUAUUUGGUCUGAAAGAAGGCUGGCAUGCUUCACUCGUUAUGGCUGAGCUGAUCAAAGCAAAGCACAUUGCUCAGGCUGCAGCUAUCAAGAUUGAAAUGAAGGGUGGUGAGUGGGAUCGAGCAUACGUUCAGAUGGAUGGAGAGCCAUGGAAACAACCACUCAUCCAGGACCAAUCAACCAUUGUGGAAAUAAAUAGAGUUCCCUAUCAUUCGCUGAUGAUAAAUGGGGAGCAAUGAGAUUUUUCUAAGUUAAUCAGAUUGCAUUAUACUACCUCCGUCCUAAAAUAAGCAUCACAAUUUUGUCUAUAUACGUUUGUAUAGACACGUGUCUAAACUCGUUUCAUUGUGUAGAAUCCUUUAUUUUGAAAAAAAGUUGCGACACUUAUUUUGGGACGGAGGCAGAUCGUUAGACUAUGUACAGUUCAGGAGCACGUGCAGUGUGGAUGCAUGUUUAUUGGCCUUCUUAGAGAUGGCUCAGGUGCAGCGGAAUAUUACGUAUGUACAGUUUACCCAUGGUUGAGUCUUGGCAGGAGCAAAAUGCGCCACCAUGUACUGCUAGUUCCUUUGGUGGGGGAACAAAUUUAAUUCGAUUUCUAUUGUAAAAAAAAUUGUCAAGUGGGAAAAACAAUGCGGUGAAGAACACUAUGAUGUAAGCUGUAACUUUACUUUCUGUGUAAUCCAACAAUUCCUUUCCUCUUGGA